AUAAUAGAACGGUGGAGGAACUCAUCGACGAGUUUCCAAGUUCCCGAAAAAUGGAUACCCGUGAAAUCGCAGUUAAACAAGCAGACGAGGCCCUUCUCGCACAAUUGGGUUAUAAGCAAGAGUUCAAACGAGCUUUUACUCCCCUUGAGGUCUUCGGGAUAGCUUUCAGUAUCAUAGGAUUGCUCCCUUCUAUCGCGUCCGUUCUGUUCUAUGCUAUUCCAAACGGAGGGCCAGCGGCCAUGGUUUGGGGUUGGGCGGUUGCUAGUCUGUUCAUAUUAUGUGUAGGAAUGUCUAUGGCAGAGCUGGCGUCCGCAGCACCCACUUCUGGUGGUUUAUACUUUUGGACACACUCGUUAUCUUCUCCGCGCUGCCGGAAUCUUCUUGCGUGGGUUGUUGGAUACUCUAACACGAUUGGAUCGAUUGCCGCAGUAGCUUCUAUUGACUGGGGAUGUGCAGUGCAAGUGACUGCAGCGGCCAGCAUCGGAUCCAACCAAGCAUAUGUCGCAACUAAUGCACAGACUUACGGCGUUUUCGCUGCUAUAGUUUUCACGCACGCCAUUAUCUGCUGCUUUGGGACCUCUGUUCUUGCGCGAUUGCAAACUGUUUAUGUUAUCCUCAACGUCUGCUUGUGCCUGGCAGUUAUCAUUGCUCUUCCCGCGACAACGCCUGCCGAAUAUAAGAACACUGCGUCGUAUGCGCUUGGAAACUUUUCCAACAUCAAUGGCUGGCCCGAUGGCUAUGCCUUUAUUCUUAGCUUUCUUGCUCCACUAUGGACUAUUUGUUCGUUCGAUUCCAGUGUGCACAUUAGCGAGGAGGCUUCCAACGCCGCAACGGCAGUCCCCUGGGCUAUUGUAAAUGCCAUUGGUAUUGCAGGUAUUCUUGGAUGGGCCAUCAAUGUCGCUCUCGCAUUUUGCAUGGGGACAGACCUGGAAGGUCUCCUCAAUAGCCCUAUCAAUCAACCCAUGGCGCAGAUAUUUUUCAACAGCUUUGGCCAGAAAGGGACUUUGGCUCUCUGGGCAAUUGUUGUCUUGGUACAGUAUAUGAUGGGCUCUAGUAUGCUUCUAGCUGCAUCACGACAAUCAUUCGCUUUUGCGCGAGAUGGUGCAUUGCCGUUUUCACGGUACCUGUAUCGCAUGAAUGGCUUUACUGAGACUCCUGUGAACACUGUCUGGUUUGUCGCCGUACUUGCGAUGAUUUUGGGCUUGCUUGUGUUCGCCGGAGCGCAGGCGAUCAACGCAGUCUUUGCAAUUUCAGUGACUGCAUUGUACAUUGCCUACAGCAUCCCGAUUGUAGCGAGGUUUGCUUUCACAAACAAAUUCAAACCGGGACCAUUCCAUCUUGGAAUCAUGAGCCUUCCGGUUGCUGUGAUCGCCGUGGCAUACAUGACAUUCAUGAAUAUUGUGUUCUUCUUCCCCACGACCCCCCAAACAACUGUGGCUGAAAUGAACUACACAGUCGUGGUGCUCGGUGGCACUCUGAUUCUCUCCUUGGCCUGGUACUACUUCCCUGUAUACGGUGGUGUACAUUGGUUUACUGGGCCUGUGGCGAAUGUGGACGGAGAAGAGGGUACAGUAAAAGGGGGGAGUGUGGGGGGCGACAGCUCUUCAGAGAGAGAGAAGAAGGCUGGAGAUGAGAUUGACACGAAGGAGGUGCCCGCCGAUAGCUCAUGAGGUAUUGCGAGAUCGUGUGGUUGUUAAGUUGCGAGAUAUAUGAGUUGUGGUUGUGUAUGGAUGUAAUUUUGCUUUCGGUUUCUAUCCAUAGAAUACAGUACUAAUUUAUGAUCUUGAGACAUGUUUACGAAGAUAACUAUAUUUUGUGUUCUCAUGUGACUG